AUGGUGUUGGCUGAAAGAAGCAGUGAUGUUCGAAACGGGAAGCGAUCCAGAGGGCCAAGCCCUAAUGGCCAUGGAAGCCCAGAUUCUAGUUCAGAGGAUGAGAAUGCUGAGAAGAUAAGAGUGGGUCGCGAUUAUCAGGCAGUUUGUCCUGAACUAGAACCUGUAGAGCAACGAAGACCUGAACAAAUUUCUGAUAGAGCUUUACUGGUAUGGUCACCUACAUCUGAUAUAUCAGAUACUAAAUUGGAUGAGUACAUUACAACUGCUAAAGAAAAAUAUGGUUACAAUGGUGAACAAGCAUUAGGUAUGUUAUUUUGGCAUAAACAUGACCUCAGUCGUGCAUCAAUGGACUUAGCUAACUUUACACCUUUUCCUGAUGAAUGGACGGUAGAAGACAAAGUGCUAUUUGAACAAGCUUUUCAGUUCCAUGGUAAAAGCUUUCACAGAAUAAGGCAAAUGUUACCAGAUAAGUCAAUUGCUUCAUUAGUGAAAUACUAUUAUUCAUGGAAAAAAACAAGAGCUCGAACAUCACUGAUGGAUGUUGUUGGUGAAGGUCGGAAUGCUACAAGUUCAGGUACUGGCAAAAGAGAGUCGGGUGCAGGCUCCGAACCAGGUGGAUCAGAUAAGGAAUCAGAUAAUGAUGAAAAGAAGUGGACUAUCCACCGAGGUAUUGUCCGAGGAGGCAAGUCCCUUGCGGCCGGUGGUUCCACGCUUCGUACCGGACAGCAGGGCGAGGGCGAGGGAGGCGGCGAAGGUCCGGGAAAGUGGUGCACUGUUUGCGGCAUUCUGUGCACACAAACAACGGCGCACAACUCGCAGAAGUUGUGUCAGGCAUGCCUCGUGCACGCCAGACGCACGGGCACCAUGAGGCCGCUCUGCGGUCCGUCGGGGCGACGCGGGCCCGGCUCAAAACAACAACGAUAUAAGCACCGUUUGCCGCGUGGCAUUUACAUCAAUCAUGAUGAUCUCGUCGCCAUGGCAACUGGUCCACAGCCCGGAGAUCCGCCGCAGCCCGGCCUUAUCAAUCAGGGCGAAGCUAUGCUCAAAGCGAUGGACAGAGAAAUUAUAUCGCUCAAGAGACAAGUUCAACAGAAUAAGCAACAGUUAAGUGCAAUGAAACGUAAAGUAGGGGAUGCAGGAGUAGAGGAACUUCGACCUGGUGAACCACCUGCAAAAAUAAAUUCACGUUGGACUAAUGAUGAAUUACUUAUGGCAGUAACGGCAGUUAGGAAAUAUGGUAAGGAUUUCCAAGCAAUUGCCGAGACACUUGGUACUAAAACGGAGGCCCAUGUCCGUACAUUCUUCAUAUCUUAUCGGCGCCGUUACAAUUUGGAUGCUGUUUUGCGUGAACACGAGGCUGACCGUGGAAAUGCUAAUCAUAUACAAUCUGGGACCACAGGUUCUGAAUCGGUGGAAAAUGAAGCUGAAAACACCAAUGGCACAGGUUCACCACAAGCUAUGUCAAAAGAUGAAAAGACGGAGGUAGACAGUGAAGGAGUUGCAAUUGGUGCUUCUGCAGAACAAGGUGGACCCCCCACGACUCCUCCUAAGCAUAAGUCUUCAAAGUGA